UUGUAUUUAUGUUACAGCCUGAAGAUGAACAAGAAAAGUUUGAUAGAUUACAGAUGGAACUGUUGAUGAACAAUCCUGAUUCAGCUGCCUUCUUUAAUCCUCAACACAGAACACAGAGAAGGAAAACAUAUGAAGCAGCCAUGAUGCAACCACAACCAUCUUACAGAAGGUCACCAGGAACACCUACAAUAUCAAUCAGGAAUCGUCCUCCAAACAUGUUACAAAUUAGUCAGUGAACAGUAUGUAACAGACUUUUUGAUUGGAUGAUAGACUGAUAGAGUCUACUGCUAAAAACAAUCAUUUGCAUAUUUUGAAUAUCAAUAUAUGUAUACCUUCUAUUGAUUUUACCAUCUUUGCUAAAAGAAAGAAAAGAUGUCAAAAUGUUUAAAAAUGUGCAAAUUUUUAAAAUUUAGAAAUGUAUGAAUGUUUAUUUUUACUGCAAAAAUAUAUGAAAAAGAAGAAUAAUUAUGAUUGUAAAGUUAC